AUGUCGCUAUGUGUCCUGAGCUUACCGGCGGAGAGGGACCCUUUCAAAGAAAUCUUGAGACUAGCGAUUGGCUCCAAGAGUGGUAGGGCAACCCUGAGUUCUCAGCGGAUUUUCGUUCUUCAGUCUACACCUCAUCCUUCACCUUUCGAGAACUUUGGUCUCAAAGUUGCAGAGCGGAUGAAAGCAAUGGAAAAAGAAGCCCCGCUCUUGGAAGAACCUAACCCUUUCGUUGUCUCUUACCUCAUCAGCUCAUGUGGGCUCUCUCCCGCAGCUGCCAUUUCUGCAUCCAAGAAGGUUGAUUUUGAAUCAUCUGAUAGACCAGACUCGGUUCUUACCCUCUUCAGAAGCCAUGGAUUCAACGACGCCCACAUUUCCAGUCUCAUUGGAAAGUGCCCAUCAUUUCUCGUGUCCAGUCCUACAAAGACCCUUCUGCCUAAACUUGAGUUCUUCCAUUCCCUGGGCGUUUCGAGCCCUAACCUCGCCAAAAUCCUCUGCAAAAGCCCAAGGGUCUUGUUAAAUAGCUUAGAAAAAAAAAUCAUCCCUGCUUUUAAUUUCUUCAAAAGUAUAGUUGGGACUAUGGAGGCUGUUGUUUUUGUUCUAAAACGUGACACUCGUUUCAUCAAUUAUGAUAUACAAAAUGUGGCUCGAAAUAUUGCAAUCUUGAGAGAAAAUGGAGUACUGGAGUCUAAUAUCAUGAGUUUCCUAAUUUAUUUUCCCCGCACAAUGACACCUAAAAAUGACCGGUUCAAAGAGAUAAUUGAGGAGAUUAAGCAAAUGGGUAUCGAACCUUCAAAAUACUUGUUUAUUAUUGCUCCCCAUGGGUUUACAUCAAUGAACAAAUCGACAUGGAAGAAGAAAUUGGAAGCUUAUCGAAAGUGGGGUUUUUCUGAGAAUGAGAUUCUCAUGGCAUUUAGGAGGUACCCUUGGUUUAUGAAACUGUCUGAGAAGAAAAUAAUGAGCCAUAUGGAUUUCUUUGUUAACAAAAUGCGUUGGGAACGGGCAGUUAUCAUCAAAUACCCGCAACUUCUUGCGCUUAGCUGGGAGAAGAGGAUUCUUCCAAGGUGUUCAGUUUUUCGAGUAUUGAUAUUGAAAGGUCUGGUGAAGGAAGAUCUUAAAAUGGGACAUCAGUUGAAAAUAAGUGAGAAGCAUUUCUUGGAGAAGUUUGUGUCAAAAUAUGAGAAAGAAGUUCCUCAACUCUUGGAUUUAUACAAAGGGAAUAUUAGUCUGCUAAGACUAGGAUAUGGAACUGAGGAAGUGUGGAAAGAACCUAUUGUAAAAAGGUCAAUUGUUUGAAAUUCAAGAAAUAGAACUAAAUGUUUCUUAUUUGGGUGA